ACGCUGUUCCUUCUUUCCACUGCUUUGCUCUGCUCUGCUUCGCCUCCUCGCCCCCGGACUCUUAUUAACGCACACUCCAUCCCUACCCAAAACCCUAGCUGCCGCCGCCGCCGACGCCACUGCUUGCUGAGGACAUGUAUCCGCUGCUCGGAGAUUCAUACGUUGUGUGAUACUAGUGCAAGAAAGCCUCCUCAGCACGUGCUGCUCUUUCUGGCGAGCCGGCAUGGAGGAGAGGCCAUAGAUCGCCGGGACGCGCCUCCGCCGCCGCCGGACGCGGCGGCGGAGCAGGAUGAGGGCUCCUCCCAGGGUCUGCAUCUCCCUGAGGACAUCCGUUGGGAGCGGCUCGACAAGGCGCGCUUCUUCGUCCUGGGCGCCGGGCUCUUCUCCGCCGUCUCGGCCGCGCUCUACCCCACCGUCGUCCUCAAGACGCGCCUCCAGGUCUCCCCGGCCGCGGCGGCGGCGGCGCUCCCGCCCUCUUCCAUCGGAGCGGCCGCCGCCAUCCUGCGGCGGGAAGGGCCCCUCGCCUUCUACCGCGGCUUCGCCACCUCCCUCGCCGGCACUGUCCCGGCACGCGCGCUGUACAUGGGCUCGCUCGAGGCCACGCGCUCCGCCGUCGGCCUGGCCGCGCUCAACCUCGGCGCGCCGGAGCCCGCCGCGUCGGCGGCCGCGGGCGCCGCCGCGGGCCUUGCCGCCGCUGUCGCCGCGCAGGUCGUGUGGACGCCCGUCGACGUUAUCAGCCAGCGCCUCAUGGUGCAAGGCAAUCCCUGCCACACCUCCCGCUACCGCGGCGGUCUCGACGCCUUCCGCAAGAUCUUAGCAUCAGAGGGCGUCCGUGGCUUGUACCGCGGCUUCGGCAUGUCCAUCCUAACCUACGCUCCCUCCAAUGCAGUGUGGUGGGCGACUUACUCUCUGUCACAGAAGAAAAUUUGGAGUGGAAUUGGCUGCUACUUGUGCGAGUACGGUGUUGGUGUUCAAGAAAUUGAUCUCGGCGAUGGGGAUUCUUCGUUGCAGCCAGGUUGUAAGACUGUUAUGAUAGUGCAGGGAGUGAGUGCUGCAAUGGCCGGUGGUGCCGCAGCACUUGUGACAAUGCCACUAGACACCAUCAAGACCAGGAUGCAGGUCAUGGGUGGGGAUGGUGAGGCAAUUACCGUGGGGAGGACGUUGCGUAGACUGAUCAAGGAAGGCGGCUGGGGUGCUUGUUUCAGGGGGCUUGGCCCAAGGAUGCACCAGACAGGCUUCAUGUCAUUCCUUUUAGUCUCUGUGAUGCUGAUUGUGAUUCAUCAACCAAAUGCCUCGUUGGAAUCUGAAUACGUUGAUGGACAUAAAUCAUAAAGACUCGAAUACACUGUUCACUGUAGCGUACACUGAUGCGAUACCUUUGCAGCUUGCGUCCAGGCGGGCUGUAGCUUUGGGCGCCUGCGUCACCUUGCUAUCCGGGUGUAUGGCGUCCGCCUUGUCGUCUGUGGCAUCGCCAAGGUGCGGUAUGGCGUCGCUAUGGCGCAGAGAGGCCUGCGGCAGACGCUGUUCAGCAAGCCAUGUGGGCAAGCAUGCGGGAAAAAGCGGGACGCCUCGCGCGGGAAAAGAGAAGGAAAUAUAGGGAGGAGGAAAUACAGGGAGGGAAAUAGAAACAGAGACAGGGAAAGAGGCGGCAGGCGACACCAGUAGGAUGCUGCGGCGGCUCAGCGGCGGGAUCUCCUCAGGCUGCUCGACGGUGGCGGAAUCUCCUCCUCCCUGUGGUGCUCUUCUCAGCGGCAGCCGGACCUCCUCCUGGUGCUGCUUUUCUUCGGCCUUCUCUGCUCGGCGCCGGGAAUCGGGAUCUCCUCUUGUUUUUGCUCUUCUCGUCGGUGACCGGACGAGAGAGGAGCUUGCUGCAUGGGACAAGAGAAGAGAAGAGAAGAGAGGUCAGGUCAUUGGCAGCAUCAAGGUAAGUAUAUAUGCUACACUGCUACUAAAAUUUGGAGCAAUUAUAGGUUAGGAUGUGUAUGGCGUUGCCUUGCCGCCUUAACUGCCUAGGCGGUUGGAAGGGGGUAGGUCGCCGUGCCUCGCCUUACCGCCUUAAGAACUAUGGUUCUUAUACACAGGUGUGCAGUCAGAGCGACCAGAACAUGGUUCUGGAAGGAAACAUAGAGAUAAGUUUGCUCUUUUUGUCAGUUUCCUUCAUAUGCCUUUUGUCAUUGAAGAAAGUGGGCAAAGCUAGGAGGAUUAAGAGUCCUUUCUUGAAAUAAACAAAGAUCUGUUGAUGAUGUUUCAACUAACUGCACUACGUCAAUGUCUGUACUGCAUCAAUUGUUCAAACUAUUUGUUUGUGAUAAUGAUACAUUUUUAUCCUUUGUUAGAAUCGAAAGGUUUUAGACUUAGUAGGACCAAAACCGAGUAUAUGAAGUGUGGUUUCGGUGCUACUAGGCAUGAGGGAGAAGAUGUUCCUAAGAAGGAUACUUUUUGAUAUUUGGAAUCGAUGCUACAUAAAGAUGAUGAUAUUGACGAAGAUGUUAGUCAUAGAAUCAAAGUCGGAUGGAUGAAAUGGUUUUAAGCUUCUGGUAUUCUAUGUGAUAAGAAUGUACCACAAAAGCUGAAAGGUAAGUUUUAUAGGACGGUAAUUUGACCUGUGAUAUGGUAUGGCACCGAAUGUUGGUCAACUAAAAGACGAUAUGUUCAAUAGUUAAGUAUAGAAGAGAUAUGUAUAUUGCGAUGAAUUUGUGGUCAUAUAAGAAAGGAGCGGAUCUGAAAUAAUGAUAUACGUGAUAGUGUAGGGGCAGUGUUAAUUGAAAAGAAGCUGUUCAAUAUCGGUUGAGAUGGUUUGAACAUAUCCAACGUAGGCCUACAGGGUUACCUGUGUAUAGCAGGAUGUUGAGGCAUGCUGAUAAUAUGAAGAGAGACAGUGGUGGACCAAACUUAACAUAGGAGAAGUCUAUAAAGGGAGACUUGAAAGGAUGAAAUAUCUUAAAAGAACUAUCUACAGAUAGAAGCAUGUAGAAGUUAGCAAUCCAUUGCUAAAACCAUAAUUUAUGCAUUAGUCUUCUUAUACAAUUAUUACUUUUAUUUUGUUACUAUUACUAGUACCUUUAUUAUUAUUAUUAUUAUUGCUUUCACAUUAUCUUUUUAGUUGGAUCUUGUGGUUUCAUCUUUGUCCUACCUAAUUUGCUUGAGACAAAGGUUGUUGUAGUUGUUUAUUUUAUCAUUCUCUUUAGGCUGGAUUGGUUGAGUUUGGUGGCCUUCUAUCCCAUUGUUCUGUUUCUUUUGUCGGAGUACCAUGCAUUGUCUUCUACUACCAUCUUGUGUUUUGGAUAAGUCACACUUCCGACUUAUCCUCUUCUUUUUACUCAAGUCCAAAUCAUUGUAUCGUCCUUUUGGACUUUAAAUCGGCAGGGUAGUUAACUUCAUUUUUCUGACCUAUCAUUCAUCCCGGUUUAUCAAUUUGAGUGAGAAAUGGAUAUAUUACCCAGUUGUCGCAUGAAGUCAUGAAAUUUGGGGAAACAGAAAAUGCCGGGUUAUCCAUAAACACUUGUACUGACCUCUGUACUUCACCUUUCUAACAUCAGAGGUUUGCAUCAUGCAAGACAGAACUGUUUACUGUCUUUUGUCUACCAAACACUAUCACUACUGAUGUGUGUUAGCACUGAAAACUAUGUAGCUUUCAGAUGUACAGUAAAAAGAGUCCAUUGUGCUCGAAUUUAAUAACCAAGGAAACUCUAUUAUCCAGUAAUGAUUCAAAUAAGUGUUUCUUGGCAAAUGACAGUGACUGCAGUGGGGAAAUUAUGCCAAUGAAGAAUCACAGGGCUACUUUACGUGUCUUUUUUGCACUUGG